AGUGUGAGUACUGGCUCUCACACACUCUCUCUGUCUCUCUCUCUCUGUCUCUCUCUCUCUCUCACACACACACACACACACACACACACAGAUAAGAGCGACAGUCUCUUGACUCUCUUGGAAUUAGUAUACAAAUCGCCUCACAUCUGCUCAUCGAUUUUCCAGCAGCCUUUGUAAUCUCUGUGUUUCGUGCUUGAAUUUCUUCGGUCCGAUUGGCGUCACACUGCUCAUUUAAGCAGUGCCACUGUUUCUGUUACUGUGGUUAUGGGACUGAGCACCAAAAAUGGGAAAACACCGUCGUUUCGGCUUGAUUAUCUGAUCGAGGUUCAGGAGGUUAAACCUUGGCCCCCGUCUCAGUCACUGAGGACCCUUCGUUCCGUUCUACUUCAAUGGGAAUACAGUGAUCGGAAAUCUGGGUCUACUAACCCAGUUGUGCCUUCACUUGGGUCUGGUACUAUUGGUGAUGGCAAGAUUGAAUUUAACACGUCCUUUAGGCUUUCAAUGACACAGUUAAGACAAACAUCAACUAAAGGUGGAGAGAGGGAGAGUUACAAAAAGAAUUGCUUAGAGUUCAAUUUGUAUGAAUGUCGGAUGGAUAAGACCGUGAAAGGUCAGUCAUUGGGAACUGCCAUUGUAGACUUAGCAGACUAUGGAGUUGUCAAAGAAACUCUGAACGUGUGCAUUCCAAUGAAUUCAAAGAGGAGCUUUAGCAACACGUCCCAGCCGGCUCUGUUUAUUAAAAUUCAGUCAAUUAAAAAAGGUGGCACCAACUCCUCAUCAAGAGAAAACCUGUCGAAAGAAUCAUCCACGGAGAGAAAUGGUGGGGAAUCUGUUUCUGCGUUGACAAAUGAAGAAUAUGCUGAGGGAACUGAGUCUACAUCAAUUUCCGAUGAUGAUGAUGAUGAUGUCUCUUCCCACUCAUCUCUGGCUGUUUCUUCUUCAGGUUUUGAGACUAAUGUGGCUUUCUCCCUUGAUAGUGAAGAGACUGUAUUGCAGACAUUGAAGGAUAGCUCAGGAAAGACUUACGACAAACAUCGUUCAGCUUCAGAGCCGGAACAAAGUUGUGAAAUUUCGGAGGUUCCUCCAUCUUGCCCAUCAUCAACCGACUUGUCUCCCAAGACUAGCUUAACAUUGAUGCCUGAGAAAAUUGCUACCCAUAGUGGACAGUCUUCAUCCUCAUCUAUAACUUGCGAAGGUGCUGAGGAAGAGGUAAACACCAACCUGAAAAUUGAAGGCUCUGAUAGAAAGGAACAUCAAGAAAAUGGACAGGUGCAAAUGUUGCAUGAGGGUCAGGAUUAUGAAGAAGAUGAACCAUGGAAGAGAUUUUCAGAUGUUGCCAAAAAUGUUAAUACUCUACGUAGUGAUAGAUUGAAGCAUGUGAAAUCUGUUCGAUCACCAAUGGACUCGGUUAUGAGCAAUGGAUCUGUUAGGAGUAGCAAGUUGGGAGAUACUCAGAAUGGUGCUCAAGGGUUUGUUAGCAGUGAAAGAAAUGAUGCAAAAGUAUACCCAGUGGAGGCAAGAAACAUCGCUUCCGAUGGUAGAAUUGAGCAACUGGAACAUAGAAUAAAGAUGCUUGAAGGAGAGUUGAGAGAAGCUGCUGCUAUUGAGGUUGGUCUUUACUCAGUUGUUGCAGAGCACGGAAGUUCCAUAAAUAAGGUCCAUGCUCCGGCUCGACGCCUUGCCAGGCUUUAUCUUCAUGCUUGCAAAGAGAGUUCCCAAUCAAGGAGAGCAAGUGCAGCUAGAAGUGUUGUCUCUGGAUUAGUUCUGGUUGCAAAAGCAUGUGGAAAUGAUGUUCCGAGGUUGACCUUCUGGUUGUCAAAUUCUGUUGUGCUGAGAGCCAUCAUAAGCCAAGCCAUUGCAGAACAGCAAUUACCAAUUUCUGCUGCACCUUGUGUUGAAAUAAAUGAUGGUGGGAAGGGAUACGCCAAGAAAUUAUCUCCACUCAAAUGGAAGGAGUUCUCUCUGAGCAAGGAAUGUGGGAGUCUUGAUGGCUGGGAGGACCCUCAUAAAUUAACAUCUGCAUUGGAAAAGACCGAAGCUUGGAUCUUCUCACGAAUCAUUGAGUCUGUCUGGUGGCAGACUCUAACGCCCCAUAUGCAAUCUGCUGCUGCUAAAGCAAUAAGUGCAAGAGUGGCUUCUGAUGUGAGUAGAACAUAUCGAAGGACAUCUAGUUCGGCUGAUGAAGAGCAGGUAAACUUCUCGUUAGAUCUCUGGAAGAAGGCUUUCAAGGAUGCCUGUGAACGCCUUUGUCCUGUUCGAGCUGGGGGACACGAGUGUGGCUGCUUACCUCUUUUGGCUAGAAUGAUAAUGGAGCAAUGUGUGGCUAGAUUGGAUGUAGCAAUGUUCAAUGCUAUUCUUCGUGAAUCUGAUGAUGAACUUCCAACUGAUCCUGUAUCCGACCCAAUUAGUGAUGCCAAGGUUCUUCCUAUUCCAGCAGGGAAAGCGAGCUUUGGGGCUGGUGCACAACUUAAAAAUGCGAUUGGGAACUGGUCUAGGUGGCUUACUGAUCUAUUUGGGAUUGAGGAUGAUGACUCAAUUGAAAACAUGAACAACGAAAAUGGUAAGGACAUUGAGGUUGAGAGAAAAGAGCUCGAUACGUCGUUCAAGGCAUUCCAUCUGCUCAAUGCAUUGAGUGACCUCAUGAUGCUUCCAAAGGAUAUGCUCUUAAGCAGGUCAAUCAGAAAAGAGGUAUGUCCUACAUUUGGUGCACCACUAAUCAAGAGGGUUCUGAUCAAUUUCCUGCCUGAUGAAUUUUGCCCAGACCCAAUUCCUGAUGCUUUGCUUGAAGCUUUGGAUUCUGAGGAUGAGGCUGAAGAAGGAUCCGUCCCACACUUCCCAUGCAAUGCAGCUCCAAUAGUGUAUUUGCCACCUCCAUUAGCUUCUGUUGCUGGUAUUAUAGGACAGACUGGAAUCAAGUCUCCUGAACUCAGAAGAAAUGGGUCCUCUGUGCUCAAGAAAUCGCACACGAGUGAUGACGAGCUCGAUGAAUUGGAUUCGCCCUUAACUGCCAUUAUCGAAACGUUAAAGGGUCCACCAACUCCAAAGGAACAUGGCAGCCAAAAUUCUGUCAGAUAUCAACUUCUUCGGGAGGUAUGGACGAAUACCGAGUAGCAAUUUUAGGUUUAUCCUAUUUGUUUAACAUCCGAUGGUCUCUGGGAUUUCUGCUUGAUUAUCCAAGGAAAAUGUAAAUUAUAAUUCUGUCUGGAUAAAGAUCCCUUUGUGGAGGAAUUGACGGAUGACGAGAAGCUGUAUAUAGUUUUUAUGUAAUACGGCUUGUGGUUAUCUGCAAA